GUAUAAUUCUAGCUUUAUGGGUGAGACACUCUGAAAGCGUAAACUCCAAGGGUGAACUGAUGGGCUUUGAUUUGAUUCUUGUCCGGCAGUAGAGAGAGAGAGAGCUUCUAGAAACUCCGGUGGAGAUCCGAUCGGAACUGUGGGUUGGGGUAGAUCUAAGGUAUGGAUUUCUUAGAGCUAGAAGCGAUCGAGGGUUUACGGUGGUCGUGGAACUCAUGGCCAACGACAAAAUCGGAUUGCGAAUCUCUCGUCGUUCCUCUAAGCAUCAUGUACACUCCACUCAUGCACUUCUCCGACCUCCCCACCAUCCCAUACGAUCCCUUGAUCUGCUCCCCUUGCGGCGCGGUGCUGAACCCUUACGCUCGCGUCGAUUACCAAUCUCGAAUCUGGGCUUGUCCCUUCUGCUUCCACAAGAACCCUUUCCCUCCUUCUUACUCCGGCAUCACCGAGACCAACCUCCCCGCCGAGCUUUUCCCCACUUACAGCGCCGUCGAGUACUCCUCGAAUGGGAUCGUCGGUCAAGGGCUUGGGCUUGGGCUUGGGCCUGCUGCGUUCGUGUUUGUGGUUGAUGCGUCUAUGGCGGAGGAGGAGUUGCGUGCUCUGAGAAGCGAGGUUAUGCUGGUGAUUGAGCAGUUGCCUGAGGGUUCGUUGGUGGGUUUGGUUACUUUUGAUUCCAUGGUUAGGGUUUACGAUUUGGGUUUCUCUGAUUGCUCCAAGGUUGUUCUUUUCCAUGGCGAACGUGACCUUCCUCCUCACCAGAUACAAGAGUUUCUGGGGCUUGGAUAUUCGAAGCAGCUUCAUCAUGGAAAGAUGUCGGGGAUUCGGAAGCAGAGUUUCCUGCUUCCGUUGGCGGAGUGUGAGUUUAACUUAAUAUCUGCUCUUGAAGAAAUUGCUCCACUGGUUGAUGUUAAACAAGGUCAUCGGCCUCAUAGAUCAACCGGUACCGCCAUUUCAACUGCAUUGGGACUGCUCGAAGGGUGUGCUUUAACCACAGGCGCUCGGAUUAUGGUUUUCACAUCAGGGCCUGCAACUAGAGGCCCGGGUAUUGUUGUCGACUCGGAUCUAAGCCGUUCAAUCAGAACCCACAGAGAUAUCAUCACUGGUCAAGUGCUUUACUAUGAUAGAUCAUGCAAGUUUUACAAAAGAAUAGCAAAGAGGCUUUGUGAUUCCUCUGCUGCUCUCGAUUUGUUCGCUUGCUCUCUUGACCAGGUUGGAGCUGCAGAACUGAGGUACGCAGUGGAAAUGUCCGGUGGGUUUCUCUUGCUUGGAGAGACAUUUGGGUCCGAGCAGUUCAAAAAAUGUCUUAGGCAUAUAUUCAGCCGCGACGCAGAUGGGAACUUGAAUAUGUGCUUUGACGUUACUUUAGAAGUUGUGACCACUAAAGAUAUCAAAAUCUGUGGGGCGCUUGGUCCGGUUGUGUCGCUUAGAAGGAGGAAUGAUAUAGUGAGUGACACAGAGAUCGGUGAAGGCGGAACGUAUACAUGGAAAACGAGCACUGCCACUAAUAAGACAUGUGUUUCCUUCUUCUUUCAAGUGAGCAACGAACAAAACCGAAAACCCAAACCUGGUUCAGCCUUCUUCAUUCAGUUCAUUACUAGAUAUCGUUAUGGCAAUGGAGGAGUGAGGAAAAGGGUUACAACGGUUGCUAGAAGAUGGGUGGCUGGGAAAUCGCCGGAGAUUUCAUCUGGUUUCGAUCAAGAAACAGCUGCUUCUGUAAUGGCUCGCCUUGCGAUAAACCGAGCGGAAGAGUGUUAUGCGAGAGACGUUAUUAGAUGGUUAGAUGAUGGUUUGAUCCGGUUCGCUUCACGGUUUGGAGAUUACAUCCAAGAAGAUCCAUCUUCUUUCAGGUUGACUCCAAACUUCUCUCUUUACCCACAGUUCAUGUUCUACUUGAGAAGAUCACAGUUUCUUGACGUCUUCAACAACUCCCCGGAUGAAACUGGUUUCUUCCGGUUAAUGUUAAACCGAGAAGGAGUGGUUAACUCAAUCAUCAUGAUUCAACCGACGCUUCUCCGGUAUUCAUUCGACGGACCACCGGUUCCUGUCCUUCUCGAUAUCCGAUCAGUGACACCUGACGCGAUUUUGCUGUUCGAUUCUUACUUCUACGUGGUGAUCCACCACGGUUUGAAGAUUGCUCAGUGGCGGAAACAAGAGUAUCACAAAGACUCGAACCACGAGACGUUCCGGAAUCUUUUAGAAGCACCGGAGAUGGAUGUGGUGCAGUUAGUGAGUGAUCGGAUUCCAAUGCCGAGGAUAGUGCGGUGUGACCAGCAUGGUAGCCAAGCUCGGUUUCUUCUUGCUAAACUCAAUCCUUCGGUUACUCAGAAAACAGAUCAUACCGGUGGUUCAGAUGUCGUUCUCACUGAUGACUUGUGUCUUGAAGAUUUCCUAGCUGAUUUGCAAUCUCUGGCUGUCCAAAAAUGAAGAGAUAUUGUCAAUUAGCAAACUGGUUAUUCGGUUUUGAUCAGAUCUGUUAUGUAGAAAAGGGUUUUGAUCUUGUGAAACAAUUUAACAUGGCUUACUGAUUCAGUAUUGUCAAAACAUUAAAAGUGUGUUACUUUCUAGUCAAAGCGCCUCAGUUUAAUGUCA